GUUUUUGGCAACAGAGCGGCAGUUGCGUCUUGUCCCCAUCUCUGUUCUCGAUUAUGUGGAUACACUGUGUUCUUAUGUGCAUCUUAAAUAGUGUUCGUUGAAGCAUUGUAUCAGAUCUUACGACCAAUAAUUCGCAAAACUAGGGAUACGAUGUCCCUCUCCCCGACGGCCACGAUAAAGGCCCAACUCACAGCGAGUCUUGGCCCCAAGGCUCCUACAUACUGGAGUGUAUUGAAACAGUACUUGAGCGGUUCAAUAUCACGGGGUGAGUUUGACGAGCAAAUCAAAGAGUGCCUCGGCAAGGACAAUCUUCACUUGAGUACGUGCAUGAGUAGAUAUUCUGACUACGUCCUGACUCUGGUUUCAGUUCAGCUACAUAAUUCCCUUAUUGUAUCCCUAUUCGAUACAUCGGCACAUCUCGCACCACCCACCCCUCCACCAGAUGCACCUCAUCUACCUCCCCGAAAACGAAGACGCACGUUGCCAUACGAGGAUCCGGAUGGCCAUAGCACAUCCCUACGAUCUAGUAGGCUCAAGCAAUGGACUGUCGGUGUGGGUAGACGAGAACGAGAACGCGUUAAGGGAUUAGAGUCUCUCUCACUGACAACCGAGAGAAGACCUCGUAAAGACAAGGACGAGAUUGCGGCCGAAAGAGGCGUACAACUCCUUCCGGAGCGGAACGACCCACCUGGGAGUCGUCUGCCGCUUCAGUUAGCUGCGGUGUCGCGAGCACCGACAUCACACCAUAUUUCUGAUAGAAUCAACCUGAUAUGUGCGCAACAUAACCUAGGGGCACCAUUGAAACAAGUCUCUUCUCUAAUGAUGCUUGCUUUUGAGGCGAAGCUCAAACAGCUCAUCACACAAGCACUAUCCUUGACGUCGUCAUCAGAAGCCAUUACAUCCAUUCGACCAUCACGGCAAAACGCACAAUACCCGCUGUCGACGUCUUCCUUUGAUACCCUUUUUACAGUAUCCCCAGCUGUCCUUCCAAAUAGGUCUGCCGCCGGCACAAGAUUAUCAUUGGGUGACACCGAUGAAUACGAGGAAGAGAUUCCAUUGAAAGAUGGCGAAGUCAAGGACCCUAAAUGGCAGUUACUUGCGCUACUGGCGGAACGUAGUGGGGUGAAGGAGGUAUUACGGACUAGACGGUAGUUUUGGCGGCCUGUUCUUAUCUCAUUUCUAUCAUUGCCCCUGCUGUCCCUGGUUCUACUAAUUCUGCUGGAGGGCGCUUCACCACGUUCUUGCUCUUGGCUGUUCGCGUUGACACCUCGUUCCAGCUCACAUUCUUCAUGCCUCUCUUCUGCUUUGACUUGUUCAGUACACGCGGUAGAAUAGAUCAAGAGUAUUGCAAUGACGUGCGAUCGAGCUCGAUCACCUUUAGAACGUUCAAUUGCCGAAAACUCCCCGGAUCCCAGUGUC